AUGGGCUACGUGAUCGGGAAUAUCUAUGUCAUCACCACGGUGGCCGUCAUUGGCGGUGCACUGUUUGGUUUCGAUAUUGCCUCCAUGUCUGCCAUUCUCGGCACUCAACAGUACAAAUGCUUCUUCAACCAGACUGGCCUUGGCGAUGAUGGCUCAUGCGGUGGUCCCACCUCGUCCACCCAAGGUGGGAUCUCAGCCGCCAUGCCCGGUGGCUCAUUUGUCGGCGCUCUCAUCUCGGGUAUUGUGACUGAUUGGCUUGGUCGUCGCUGGGCCAUCCAGACUGGCUCCGUCAUUUGGUGCAUUGGUAGUGCCAUUGUCUGCUCCUCCUUUAGCAUCGGUCAACUCGUCGCCGGUCGUUUCAUCAACGGUCUGUCCGUGGGUAUUCUCAGUGCCCAGGUCCCCGUCUACGUGGCAGAGCUGGCACAGCCCAGUCGACGUGGUCAGGUCGUCGGCGCUCAACAGUGGGCCAUUACCUGGGGUAUCUUGAUCAUGUUCUACAUUUCCUAUGGUAGCAGCUUCCUCGCUGGAAAUGCUGCGUGGCGUCUCCCCUGGGGCUUGCAGAUGAUCCCUGCCGUCUUCCUCUUCGGCAUGGUUUUCCUGCUCCCCGAAAGUCCCCGUUGGCUGGCAAAGCACGACCGCUGGGAGGAGGCCCAUGAGGUGCUGGCCUUGGUCCACUCCAAGGGCGACAAGAGUGCCCCCUUCGUGCAGACGGAGUUGCAGGAAAUUCGCGACAUGGUCGAAUUUGAGCGCGCAAAUGCGGAUGCCUCCUAUCUCGAUCUCUUCAAGGGCAACAUGAUCUACCGAACCCACAUCGGCAUGUUCACUCAGAUCUGGUCUCAGCUGACCGGUAUGAACGUGAUGAUGCUCUACAUCACUUAUGUCUUCGGUAUGGCCGGUUUGUCAGGUAACGCCAACCUGGUUGCCUCGUCUAUUCAGUAUGUCAUCAACGUGGUGAUGACCAUCUUCGCCCUGCUCUUCAUUGACCGCUGGGGUCGACGUACCCCCCUUCUGGUUGGCUCCACCCUGAUGAUGACCUUUAUGUUUGCCAAUGGUGGUAUCAUGGCCAGCUUCGGAAAGCCCGCGCCCCCCGGCGGUCUCAACAACACUCCUGAGCAAUCGUGGGAUUUGAGUGAGGCCCCCUCCGCUGCCAAGGGUGUCAUUGCCUGUACCUAUCUCUUCGUUGCCAGCUUUGCACCCACCUGGGGCCCUGCUGUCGCUGUCUCGACCGCGUCCAACUGGGUCUUUAACUUUGCCCUGUCCUACUUCGUGCCCCCAGCGUUUGAGAAUAUCAAGUGGAAGACCUACUUGGUCUUUGGUGUGUUCUGCUUCGCCAUGACUAUCCACGUCUUCUUUGCUUUCCCUGAGACAGCUGGUAAGACCCUGGAAGAUGUGGAGACCAUGUUCAACACCCCAGGCAUGAAGCCAUGGAAGACCACCGUUCAGUACCAGCAUGUUCGCCAGCUCGAGUCGGGUGCCCUCCAAUCCGAGAAGAUGGCCGAUCUGCAGGCGGAAGCUGGCACUCGAGCUACCGACAAGGAGACCGCCGCCGCGACCCAUGCGGAGUAG